CCGCGUCCGCGUUCGUUGUGUUCCAAAUUCGAAUUUUAAAAUUUUCAUUCUCCGUUCCGUAGAUUUCGUUUGUUUUUUAUAAGUGUGAAAUGGCGGGAGUGGAAUUGUUUUUUUUAAUUGUGGCGGCGAUGGCGUCCGUUCUUGACGGCCAGACCUUGGGAGGCCCCAUGCACGGGAAAGUGGUGGUAUGCUACGUUGCCAGCUGGGCCACUUACCGGCCCGACGCAGGGAAAUACGACAUUGGUGACCUGGAGCCUUCCUUGUGUACACACCUUGUAUACUCCUUUGCUGGACUGGAUGAGAGCACUAAUACAAUUAAAGUUAUGGACCCCUGGCAAGACGUCGAAAAGAACAACGGUCAAGUUGGCUACAAGGGGUUCGUGGGUCUGAAGCAGCGCUACCCCCACCUGAAGGUCACCAUCGCCAUCGGGGGGUGGAACGAAGGCUCGCUCAAGUAUUCCAAGAUGGCUGCCAGCGAAGAGAAUAGGAAGACGUUUAUUGCUAGCGUUAUGGCUUUUCUGGACAACUACAAGUUUGAUGGUCUGGACUUGGAUUGGGAGUACCCAGCGAGAAGAGACGGCAGACCAGAGGAUAAGGCCAACUACGUCACUUUGGUUAAGGAACUGUCAGAAGCCUUCGAGCCCAAGAAAUACCUUUUGACCGCGGCCCUCGGCGCUGGUAAAGAAACGAUGGACGCCGCUUACGAUCUCUCCAAACUUAGCAGAUACCUGGACUUCAUCCACAUGAUGUGUUACGACUAUCACGGCACCUGGGACGGCUUUGUUGGAGCCAACGCUCCUAUAUCAGCUCCUGAACCUGACGUGCUGAGCGUGGAAUACACCAUCAAAUACAUGCUGGAGCAUGGCGUGAGCCCAUACAAGAUGGUGCUCGGUCUCCCGAUGUACGGACGUACAUUCUACCUCAUGGACGCCAGUGUGGGGAGAGUGGAGUAUGGGAGAACGCCAGUCAAGAGCCAGGGCUUUAAGGGGCCGUAUACUAGAGAGGCAGGCUUCAUGGGGUACAAUGAGAUUUGUAUGGAGCUCUCAAACCAGUCCAACUCCUGGCGGCGUGCAUGGGAUGAAGCCAGCAGCACACCUUUCCUUCGUGACGGUGCUCGCGUUAUUUCUUAUGAUGACCCUCAGUCCAUCGCUGUCAAAGUCAAGUUGGCAGUGUCCUACGGCCUCGGCGGCCUCAUGGUGUGGAGUAUCGACACGGACGACUUCAAAGGGUCCUGCGAAGUGGACAACACGAAGAACGCGUACGAAGUCUUCACGAAGACGUAUGCGGAGAUCAGAGACAGCCCGGUGUUGAAAGAGGCGCUGAAGACUUUGAAUUUGCCUGAUGCCAACCGAUUGGAAAACCUGAGCAAGCGUACAGCCUACGUGGCUUCAAACGGCGAACUUUUCCUCCGCCUCCCCGAACCCGAAUACUCCAACUAUCCCCUCAUGCGCACCAUCAACGAGGCGACAACCCUAGCGUUAGAAGAGAAGCGCAUAUUGGACGAGAUGGACAGGAUCAUGAGAGAGAACGAGAUAGAGGACAAGCCCGCGCCCAAAUCCAGUCAUAGGGCUGUCAGCAGUUUAGGUUUUUUGUCUUGUGUGUUGUUAUUGUUUAAGUUAUAAGUGAAUA